CACAGCAGUGAUUGACAGAUGCUUAGGACCGGAAAGUUCCUUUAAGAUUUUGAGGAUUGUAUUUGCAUAGAUCCGCUGGAUUUAGGGGUUAGAUUAGGUCCAGAGGUCUUGCUGAGAUAGCGGGGAAUUGUGUGAACUAUCCGUCUCUAGCGCAGGCCUAAGCCGAAAGGCUUUGGGCCUAGUAAUUUGUCUUGUAAGCUGCGGAGGUCCUACCUCGUCCAAAGUCAGCAACCCAAGAGAGCGACAAUAUGGUGCAGCUCCCUUAUAUUGGCAGGGACUGGCCGUUUUGGAUUGGGCCAAUCAGCUGUCACUCACCGUUACAAUGGAUUGUGGGUGAUCACAUGUCCAAAACCACCAAAGGUCCUUUAGCAAAAACCAUAGAAUUCUGCAACCCGGUCACAUGACCCGCAGGUCCUGCGACGCUAAAACAACUUCUUACACUGACAAAGGAGAAAAGCAUGAACGAGGUCAAUUUCUAAGCUUUCAUCACCUUACCUUUUGGGUUGGAAAUGCAAAGCAGGCCGCAUCAUUCUAUUGUGAUAAGAUGGGAUUUGAACCUUUUGCCUACAAAGGACUUGAGACAGGCAGUCGAGAUGUUGUUUCUCAUGUUAUCAAGCAGAACAAGAUAUUUUUUAUUUUUCAAUCGCCACUAAAUCCAGGAAACAAUGAGAUGGGUGAGCAUCUAAUACAACAUGGCGAUGGAGUAAAGGACAUAGCUUUUCAGGUGGCAGACUGUGACUUUUUGUUUCAGAAAGCCAAGGAACGUGGGGCUGUGGUUGUAAAGGAGCCUUGGAUUGAAGAGGAUGAAGGCGGCAGAGUGAAAUAUGCAGUCCUACAGACGUAUGGAGAUACUACACAUACGCUCGUUGAGUACCUGGGGCCAUAUCAAGGUGUCUUCCUCCCAGGUUUUAAGAAGCCUCUGUACAGUGACCCACUGUUAUCUUCAUUGCCGUCCGGGUGCCUCAACUUCAUUGAUCACAUUGUAGGAAACCAGCCUGAUAAUGAUAUGGAGCCCACUGUGAACUGGUAUCAAAAGUGCCUGCUCUUCCACAGAUUCUGGUCUGUAGAUGACAAACAGAUUCAUACAGAGUACAGUGCCCUGCGCUCCAUUGUGGUGACAAACUACGAGGAGACUAUAAAGAUGCCAAUAAAUGAACCUGCUCCUGGGAAGAAAAAGUCACAGAUACAGGAAUAUGUAGACUACUAUGGUGGUGCUGGUGUACAGCACAUUGCUCUGAACACUUCCAACAUCAUCAAAGCAGUGAAGAAUCUGAAAUCUCGUGGAAUGGAAUUUCUUUCUGCACCGGAUACCUAUUAUGAUGAUUUGAAAAAAAAAUUAAAAAGUGCCAAAAUCACUGUAAAGGAAGAUAUCAGUGUGCUGCAGGAGCUAAAAAUUUUGGUUGAUUUUGAUGACAAAGGAUAUCUUCUUCAAAUCUUCACCAAGCCAAUGCAGGACAGACCGACCCUCUUCCUAGAAGUUAUACAGAGAUAUAGCCAUUAUGGCUUUGGAGCUGGCAACUUCAAAUCACUGUUUGAAGCAAUAGAAGCAGAUCAAGAUGCCAGGGGGAAUCUUACCAUCUACACCGAAAAUGUAGAACCUCAUACAUUUUAUUGAAAAGAACACAAACUGGAAUAGAUGUCAGCAUAUUUCCUUUUGUAUGCGGAAAAAAUUGAAAACCUUGCAGUGAGUUGUCAGAGGUUGUAAUAGCCUUCUAUGCCCGUGUCACCUAACGUCACUUUGUAAUCUUGGCAGCUCACUGGUAUAGAGAGGGUGGCUCCCUUAAUAACAAACCAAAUCUCUUCCUUAAAUUUCUUACUUUUGCUUAGUGGAAAAAAAAUGGCAUUCUGAUUGGUUGUUAUGUUUUUCUACAUUAACACUGGGCUCAAUGUAUUAUCAUGUAAUGUAAACCUAUGAAAGUUUAAGAAUAAAAUAUAAAUCACAGAUUUCUGGUGGUUAAUCAAAUUACUGACUUUGGACCAUCUGGAUCCUUUAGGGUACGUUCACACAUACAGGAUC